GUUUGGUACCAAAAUAAAACGAUCGUAAGCCAUUCGGAUCGGCCGAAACCAAAACACUAGAUAGAACAACCAAGAACAAUACCUUUCCUUACACAAACAAAAUUUUAAUGUGCUCCCUUGACUUGGCGAGCGGCGCAUGGCCGAAAUAGUUGGCGAUGAGCCAUACAAACGAAAGCAAGCAGUAGCAGAAGAAUCCAAAGGCGGAAGUAGCGACUGGUUGUGUUGUGUUGACUGGAAGUUCCAAACUUCGUCCUUGACAAAAUGCAAACAAGUGAAUCAGCUAGCGUUGCCGAAAGAAAAAAAGGUAACAGAAUAUUCGAAAAUGCCAAGAAGUGGGGUCUUUCCUUUGCCAUGAGAAAAAUAUUAUUAGAGAAUGCUAUGGCAUGCUACGUUCGCGCAGAAGAUUUAGCCUCGAACAACUUGGAUGAGUAUUCUUCCGCCUCAAAAAAUCAUGGCAAAGCAGCUUGGAAACUUUUCGGCCUUCUUAAAGAAAAACAAGAAGAGCAAGACAACACUGUUUUAUAUUUAAAGGAGGCUGCAAAGUUCUUCUGUGUCUCAUAUGAGAAUGGAUCUCGUAAACACGACGAAUGGCGAAACGAUUUGUUGAUAUCUUUGAACAAUUGCGUUAAAGAGUUGCACGAUAUCUGCCAGAAUGUUAAUGAAGUCGACGAAAAGUGCAGAAUCUUAUCCUCUUUUAUUAAAGUCAUCACGGUGAAGGAUUUCCACGUAGAACUACAGAUAAACCAUACAGAGAUUUUAUUCCACGAUGCCCUCAAAUUCCUGCAAAAUAAAGAUUAUAAAGGAGCUUUGAAGCGCUUGAAAGAAUGUUAUCGACCGAUUGAGGAAGCGAAAAUGGUCAACCAGUCAGAAUCCUGCGCCGCUGAAAUCAGGAUACUAGAACAAGAUGUGUACUUCCACACUUGCUCAGCUGAGUCUAUCCAAGCUUGUGAAUGUGGCAAUGAAGUCUUGAACAUUGCAACCCUGAACGAGGAAUCCCUUAACAUGAAUCUAGUGUGGGACGCCGUUGACUGGUACAAAAGAGCUGCCAUUCUCACAAGAGAGCUCGACUUAGAACAAGAAGCCAUCGCUCUAAGCCAUUUAGGAUUCGUCUACAACAAAGUCCUGAAGGACAAGGACAAAUCCAAGGAAUAUUAUAAGAAGUGCUUUGAGCUUGCAGAGUCUAUGAAGCCACGCACUUUCUUCACUCAAGAUUGGUACCAGCAGUGUGUGUCAACUUUGCAAGAGUUCCAGAAGGAAGAAUGGUUAAAGGAUGAAAGGAUAGAUGAGGAAGCCAGGGAAGUUAGGAUCGUAAAGAUAAAGAAAGAGCUCGAAGACCUCAAAGAGAACAACACUGGAGAAUGUGAAAUCUUAAUUCAUGUUUAUAACACUUAUCCUCCAAAGAAUUCAAAAUGGGUAAAGCCAAGUGAGAAAGAUAUGGCAAAGUGGGCCAAGAUGAAAAAGAAAGAUUUUAAGAAAGUCCUUUUAAAAGGAAUAUAUGAUUAUCAUCCUGACAAGAUUGACGCUGAGGAACAUUGUGAGAAAUGGAAGACCCUGUGUGAAGAAAUUACCAAACUCCUCACAGCACAUUAUGAUUAUUUGAAAAUGUCAAAUGAAGAAGAACAAGAACAAGAAGAAAGGAGAUGUUACGUAAUGUAAUAUGAUAACCCACAUCAGCACCCUUUGGUGCCGGUCUUAUUUUAGAACUAGACGCAUAUCGGCGUGAACUCUAGUCUCCCCCACAGCCGCUUUCAGUGUCGUCACGCAACGCUUUCUCCCCUGACUACUCGAUGAGCGCAUGUGGCUACUACAGAAUUGCGAAACUGGGRUUUAGUUCAUUUAUUUUUACUGGAAUGCUUUAACAAACAUGUUUUUACGGGUUUGCUAAGGAAGCAAGUAUAAUCUAUAUAUUUUCGUCCGCGCCCUGGAGAGCCUCGUUAACAGGCUAUCCGAGGUAUGGACUGCAAUUCCGCUUCAUUGAUCUUCUUUUGU